CAGUCGCCGCUGGAACGUCGUGCUGGAACCGUGUUAGGACCGUGUACCGCGCGAAACAUUUCCCCCCGUAAAUCUCCCAAUCUCAGAGGUCUUUACCGGUGUGAUGUGUCGUCCGAAUUGCGUCAUCGGAGCUAUUUGAAGAAUUCCGACAGCAAAGCGCGAAAAAAAGAUAGCUGGAACCGAAAAAAGGGUUUCUAUGUCGAACGGCGAGAAGUCGGAGGAAGAGAACAAACUCGCAGCAGCGAGCUGACGACGCGAGAUAACAAAGUCUCAUCGUGCUGGGUGGUGUUUCGCGAGCACGGGCGGACGGACGUGGAGGCCGUAAAAUAGUCUUUUACACACAGGUGUGGUGGCGGGACAUACACACAAGCGCGCGGUGGAGCUCGGGAAGGAACGGAACGAGUGAAACUCGAUGCUGCCUAGAGAAAGGGAUCGAGCGAGAAAGAUUGUACAAAAUAUCCACGCGGAGAAAACAGUGCGCGGGACCAAGACUUUGAUUGUACCUGUUGCGAACACGGCGGUGACGACGACGACGAAGAAGAAAGAGAAGCAGAAGUACUAACUUGCUUUUUGCAGUGAUUGUAAUUGCGAUGUUUUGCCGAUGCAGUCUCGGUCAGUGUUGAAUAGUUGCUGUUGUUGUUGUUGUUGCCCCCAAAGCGGAUGAUGCCGAAGUAGUGGUGCAGUGUUUAUUAUCAUUAGAUCGCUGCUACGCUGUUCGUUUAUGAAUGGUUUUAUAACGAAUCUUCAACAACGUGUUGGAUUUAGUAGUUUUUCAUUCGCCAAGUUAGCUGAAACAUACAUUCAAAAUGCCUAAAUCGAUGAACGUGCGCGUCACGACGAUGGACGCCGAGCUGGAGUUUGCGAUACAGCAGAGCACCACCGGCAAGCAACUGUUCGAUCAGGUCGUCAAAACCAUCGGCCUGCGGGAGGUGUGGUUCUUCGGGCUUCAGUACACAGACUCCAAGGGUGACCUGACGUGGAUCAAACUGUACAAAAAGGUGCGUACACUACUUCUAAGGACGCUCGUAGGUCGAUUUUUGUGCGCGUGGGUAGUUGCUAGGCGGCGGCGGCGGCGUGGCGUUAAAACGGAAACCAGUUUUGCAUAAUUCAACGAAGGCCCC